AUGAGCGGCGUCUCACGCAAGUCACGGAUGGCCACCAGCGUGGCCAGAGUCAUGUACACCAAUGCAGUGUACUUCCCUAGCAGCCGGAUAUACCAAGGUGAUUCGCCGGGCAUGCUCAAUUACAGCUGCAUCAACCACGUGUAUUAUGCUUAUGCCAGCGUGACCGCGGACGGCAAUGUACUUCUUGGCGAUGAGUGGGCCGAUGCGAGAGCGCCAGUGGACGGCGUUCAUGGUGGCUUGGGGUCUUUGAUGCAUCUCAAGCAGAGGCACCCUCACCUGCAGGUUGUCUUGUCCAUUGGCGGCAGCACGGCGUCCGAGGUGUUUCCCAUUGUUGCGUCAAACACCCUGCUCAGAGACAAUUUUGCCCGGUCCGCCCUGGGCCUUGUUGAGGCUUCCGGUUUGGACGGCAUCGACAUUGCAUGGGAGUUCCCGUCCGAGGCCAGGCAUGGCCAAGACUUCCUGGCACUGCUGGCAGCAGUUCGGAUUCAUCUGCCCGAUGAUCGUUUCAUCUUGACCGCCGUGCUUCCUGCAGCCAAGGAGGUUCUCCAGCUCAUCGAUCUGGCGAGGGCAGCCGAGUACCUCGACUACAUCAACCUUGUGGCGUACGAUUUCUUCGGCACAUGGACGUCCAAGAGCGGCCAUCACGCACAGCUAUACACGUUAAAUAAGGACGAGCCGUCAGCGUCGUCGGGCGUGGCAUAUCUCAUGGCCCAAGGGUUCCCUGCAAAGAACAUCCUGCUCGGAAUUCCUACGUACGGACGAAGCUUCUUGAAAUCCAACGGGCCCGGACAGGAGUUCAACGGCGUCGGCGGCCAAGACGGCACCUUUGAGUACAGCGAACUACCACGGAAAGGAUGCAAAGAGAUUGUGGAUAGACGCUAUAUUGCGGCCCAAUGCGUCGGCGGCGAUGGGGGGUUUGUCACGUACGACAACCACGAGACGGUGAAGGUGAAGGCGGAAUUUUGCAAGCAAAAGGGCCUAGGGGGCCUCUUCUACUGGAACGGACCGGCGGAUUCUCGAGAUCAAUCUAGAAGCCUGAUCGCGGCGGGUUUCCGCGCCCUGCACACGUCUUGA